AUGUAGAUCGGGUUCCCCGACCAUCAGACCCCUUUGAGCUUGUAAUACGCGCAACUGGACACCUUUCGACUCAUGCCUCCAAGUUCCAUACCCCUAGUCAGUGCGAUCGCUCAGAUGAAGAUCAUGGGGUCACCUUGCCUCGGCUCAAGGCGUGCCCCUCCACAUCCUCCAUAGCCUGUCCAACGCGGCGGCAUUGCCCCAACGCAGUCUAGCGUUGAGAACCCCCCGGUCAUGGACUGCCUCGGCACAUGCGCCCCCCAUUGUCAACAAGCGUAUUCUGUCUCUUGAAUUUUGAAGGAAGAGUUACUCCCAAUUCACCGCCAUUAUGUCUUCUCCUCAGAAAAUCCGGACUCCCUUGACCGAUGUCUUCAAGAUCAACCACCCCGUCAUGCUUGCCGGCAUGAACGUGGCGGCUGGCCCCAAGCUGGCCGCUGCCGUAACCAAUGCCGGCGGCAUUGGCGUGCUCGGCGGCAUCAACUACACUCCCGAAAUGCUCCGCGACCAGAUCGACGAGCUGAAGGAGCACCUGACGGACAAGAAGGCUCCCUUUGGUGUCGACCUCCUCCUACCCCAGGUUGGCGGCAAUGCGCGGAAAACAAAUUACGACUACACCAAGGGCAAGCUCAACGAGCUCGUCGACAUUAUCAUCGAGUCGGGCGCCAAGCUCUUUGUGUCGGCCGUCGGCGUACCCCCCAAGCACGUGGUCGAGAGAUUUCACAAGGCGGGCAUCCUGUACAUGAACAUGAUUGGGCACCCCAAGCACGUCAAGAAGUGCCUGGACCUGGGUUGCGAUAUCAUCUGCGCCCAGGGCGGUGAGGGCGGCGGUCACACUGGCGACGUGCCGACAACGGUGCUGAUCCCGGCUGUGGUGGAGCUGUGCAAGAACGCCAAGUCGCCGCUGACGGGCAAGCCCGUGCAGGUGGUGGCGGCUGGUGGUAUCCACAACGGUCAGCUGCUGGCGGCGGCGCUCAUGAUGGGCGCCACGGGCGUGUGGGUCGGCACUCGCUUCGUGCUGUCCGAGGAGGCGGGCGCCUCCGAGUCGCACAAGGAGGCCGUGCGCACUGCCGGCUUCGACGACACGAUCCGCACACUCAUCUUCACGGGCCGCCCCCUGCGCGUGCGCAAGAACCCGUACAUUGUGAACUGGGAGACGGAGCGCCAGCAGGAGAUCCGCGAGCUCACCUCGCAGGGCAAGCUGCCUUACGAGGCCGACCUCGACAAGGUCAUGUCGGGCGAGAUGGAGCCGUCGGCUGCCACCAAGGUCGCCGGCAGCCUCAACGAAACUAACAACGCUCCCGCCGAGGAGGAGGACGUCGACGACCUGCUCGACCAGUUCCGCCCUUACCUGAUGGGCAAGUGCGCCGCCGUCUGCAACGAUAAGAAGACGGCCAAGGAGAUUGUCGACGAGUUUGUUGAUGACGCGGCCGCCUGGAUUAAGACGGGGAAUUCCUACGUCCUCAAGACGGCUGCCAAGUUGUAGAAAAUUGGGGGGGGUACAUUGAGAAAACUUCGGGUGUUAUCAGAAGUGGUUCCGAAAUCGGCCAACCGCAACGUAUCCAUGCCGACUGGGAACAGUGAAUAGCAUCAAGGCCAGCUCCCAAGGAAGCGUCCUCGCCUCACGGCCCACCGGCAAAUAAUGGAGAAGAGGUGAAGAGGCCACGUACGGCAGGCGUCGAGGGGAUGUGCAUCCGUUGUGUGCACUGUACUGAUAUUAUCGCAUAUACUUAAACAUUUUACUGGUUUUUUUCCCCAUGUAAUGAAAUGAAGCCAUGGAACUUUUACUAUUUUGCUGUACACGUGUGGGAUAAGAGACAACGCACGCUAUUUUCAGUCCUUGUGGAAAGAAAAGCAACAUCCUGAC